AUCUGUGAUUCCGCCAUGGAGAACGUCGACGCGCUGCUGGAGCGGAAUCGACGACUGCACAUGACCCAGCGCAACUGGAGACCGAUCCUGGUCGCCGCUCUGCUCGUCGCCGCCAAACCUCGGAAGGACGUCGCCUGGAAGGUGGCCUUCGAGAACCGCCUGCAAGCUGCACUAGGCCUUCGCUCCUCGGCCUUCGAGCAGCUGGAGCAGAUGAUGCUCGCCGGUUUAGGCCAAGAUCCGCAGGCAGCUGGUCUCAGGGACUACACCUUAGGAACCACGAUUGGCGAAGGCUCGUUUGCAAAGGUCAAACUGGCAACCUGCAUCUCGACAGAUGAGACUGUGGCUGUGAAAAUCCUUCACAACCGGUCCUGGCACGAUGCGAGGAAGGCGCGAAAUGAGGCGCAGAUUUUGAAGCGCUUCUGGCACCCCCACAUCGUGAAGAUGCAUGACAUGAUUUCGACGCGCAGUCGAACGUUUUUCAUCUUCGAGUACGCAUGCGGUGGGGACCUCUUUGACUACGUCGAAAAGCGGGACCGCCUUGAGGAGCCAGAGGCCCGCCGCUUCUUCCGGCAAAUCAUUGCCGGCCUCGAGCAGGUUCAUGCCGCGAAAGUCGCGCACGGAGACCUCAAGCUCGAGAACAUCCUCCUGGACGAGCGGAGGAACGUUAUGAUCGCGGAUUUCGGCUUGAGCAGAAAACUCAGGUUCUGGGAAACGCGGAUCAGAACAAGGGGUGGGUCCCCGGAGUUCGCGGCCCCAGAAGCUCUACAAGGCAGAAGAUGUGUCCCGUACGCCUGCGACAUUUGGAGCUGCGGAGUCAUCUUGUACAACAUGAUCUGCGGGUUCCAUCCGUUUGAGGGCCCGGACUACAGCCUCGCUGCGAGCUACGAGAUCCCCUCUUUCAUUUCGUGGGAUGCAGUCGACCUGAUCACCGGCAUCCUCGAGGUGGCGCCAAGGUCCCGCUUCUCCAUCGCGCAGGUCCGGGCCAACGCCUGGUACCGCCAAAUCGAGGAAUCCUCGCCGAAGGACGCGAAGACCGGGCACGCCGGGCGCAGCAGCCUCAUGAGGAAUGCCUGGCGCGUGGACAGGAGUGGCGAUGUGCUGACUUAUUAG